AUGGCUGACAAGUUAAAAUAUGAUAAGAAGGCUGUGACUUGUGGAAAUGAACUGACACGCGCCGAAACGAAACAACAUCCUACAGUUGUGGAUUUUAGCGCAGACAUGAAGAAGUUAUACACCUUCAUUAUGAUUGAUCCUGAUGCUCCUACUCCACAGAAUCCCAAUCUCGCUAUUUAUCGGCAUUGGAUGUUCGAGAAUGUUCCUGGAAAUAUAAUACAAAAUGGAGACUUGGUGACAUCUUAUGAUGCACCACAAGCACCAACUUUUUCGGUUUGCUUUUCGAGGAUUUCGGCCAUCGAAGUUGAUUGCGAUUUAAACAAAUUCCGAACAAGCAACAUUGUGCCAAAGAUAAUACCUACACUUCCGCACAGUCCUUUACUGGUAAAAUUUAAUAAUAGGGCAGUGGCUUGUGGAAAUGAAUUCACUCGUGCUGAAACGAAACUCCAUCCUACAGUUGUGGAUUUUGAUGCUGACAUAAAGAAGCUAUACACCUUCAUUAUGAUUGAUCCUGAUACUACUACUCCACAGUAUCCCGAUCUCGCUAAUUAUCUUCAUUGGCUGAUCGAAAAUGUUCCUGGAAAUGUGGUACUUAACGGAGAUUCGGUGACAUCUUAUGAUCCACCUCAAGCCCCAACCUUUUCGGAUACUCACAGAUACAUUUUUCUGGUUUACGAGCAACGAGGAAAGUUGAAGGAUGAUUUCGAGGGCAGGAAACGCACCAACUUCAACCUAAAGAAAUUUGUGCAAGACCGGGGACUUAAGGGUCCUGUUGCUGGGAAUUUCUUUUACCUCAAAGAUUAG